CCGAGCGACACCACUCCCCUUCGUACGUGUUUUGAUUGCGCUCUCUUUGGCAAAGCGGCAGUGAAAUGUUUUCGCGUUUUCUCCGUCGACUGAAUUCACUUUUAAACGCAUAAAUCCCGUUCAAAACGCGGUCAGACCAGUGCCAAUCGGUAGCUUACGGAUUUCGGCGCGUCGGUACGGUUUCGGUUCCGUGCGGAAUGUGUUAUCUAGUGGCCGGGGGUGAUUUUUCCUUAUCCGGGCCAAAGAUCAUCUCGUCGCAAGCUUGAAGCACGGAAAAGGCGAAGCAGAGAAAAAAUCGUGCUGGCAGGCAGCAGCAGCAUCAGCAUCAUCGUAAUCAUCAAGCGACCGCCGCCACCGUCAUCAUCACUGACGAUUGGUAUUCAAUUCAUUGAUACGGUAGAGAGCCACGAAAAGAGGCUGGAUGCAGCAAAAUAGAGCACAGCCCCAAAAAUAAAAAAAACCAUACCGUCUUCGUCUUGCGGCUGCUGUUGGAAUUGCCCUCGUGAAGGAAGUGAGGAAAUAAGGGAAUAGCGCCGCGUCGUUUGUGCACUGAUUAAAUCGUCCUCUGGGUGCUUCUUCUGUCUAUGCGGGACCCAGCUCAGGAGCACAUCACAUCUGAGCGAGCGAGGCCAGAUAAGCGAAACGCAACAAUAUACCGAUAGCUAGGUGCCCAUCAUCAGUGUUUGCCGAAUUGCAGCCGAAGAGUAUAUCAUCAGGUGUGCGUCGUAGCAGAAAUACGGAGUCCCAGCUACAGCUAUAGUGAUAUAUUGUGAUGAGAAUGUAGAAAAUAAAGCAUGACAAUAUUCAUUGUGGUGUAGAAAAAACGUAAACAACCCAAUCAAAUGUGAAUGUGAAGAGAGAAAAAUCAAGUCGCAUAAAGUGUGAUAACCAGUUGAUACACCCAGUGAGGAUGUGCCACCACAAUACAGUGUAGGACCUGCAAAAGUGUACGUCCGCGUGUUUUUGCGAUGAGGCAGUGUCCACGCUCAGCUAGUAACGAAAAUCGCUGAAGAUCACAAGCCACAGUCGGAAGAUAUGUCCAAAUUUAUGUUGAUUUGUCAUUCAAUAGAAUGUGUUUAGCAGCAGCGUGCUGGAGACUUAUCGGAUUGGUUGUUCAACACAAAUGCCACUCAAACAGAAAUUAAGCGAACCAGCAGUGAUACCGGUGCAACAAUAGAAUCAAGAAAAGCGAAGCCCGGUGCCGUCGACGUGAUUGGAGUGUAAGCAUUUGUCGACGCAGUUGCUCGGUGUCUACAGAUUAAGAAUAAGAAUAAAUACUUUAGCCGUAUUUAUGUAAAAAUACGUUAGGGAAAAAGUGUGCUAUCCGCCGUUAUAGAAUAAACUUUCGUAUAUAAAAGUUCGAAACUGACCCAGGUCCAGGUUCAGUACCGCAAACAUGGCAAACCUGACCGAAGGCGAUCAAAGUUUUUGCAGCACAACCCAGUCCAGUGUCACCGGAACGACCAGCACUGCCACUGUGCCGGCAACUAGUCCCCUGGUAGCAGGAACCCCAUCCUCGAUUGGCGGAGGCGGUGCCGUAACUUCCACACCAACCAGCGGCAGCGGAGGCGUUUGGGCCGAGUUCUGCGAACGACAUGCACGUGCCGCUUCCGCCGAUUUCGCCCGGUCCUGUGUGCAUUACAUUACCACCAACCUGCCGGAGUCAGCACGCCAAACCGUCUCGCAUCGAGAUUUUAUGAGGCGUUUUGUGGACUGCUUCCAGGAACACUUUGGGCACGAUUUCGACCGAAGGCGGAUGCAGUGCAAGACUGGAAACGGUACAGUGGUGCUGGAAGAAAGUGAUUACUCAGAAGAUACCGAUUCACCUAAAACCAACCACAAACCCUUCUUUCGACGACUUUCAUUCAAGGGCUUGCGUAAGGGAAAGGUCAUUCAUGCACUGUUUCACAAACAGCACUCGGACGAGGUAGAGUUGUCCGGAAGUCGUGUAAGCAAAACAAAACUGGCAAAAAUAGUGGUCGAGUGUCGCAAGGAGGGCACGGUAAACUAUUUGACACCGGAAAGCCUGGAACAGCCCACCGGGACACACAAAUGGGAAAAGUGCAAGCUGGUGCUGGUGAAGACGGUCGGCGGUUACAUGCUCGAGUUUUAUUCCCCGCCUAAGUCACAGAAGCCUCGCAGUGGAGUAUUUUGCUUCCUAAUAACGGAAGCGCGCGAAACAACUGCCCUGGAAAUGCCGGACCACGAGAACACGUUCGUUCUGAAGGCGGACAACAACAUGGAGUACGUUAUUGAGGCGCGCGAUACUGACGAUAUGCGCAGCUGGCUAGCGACGAUACGCUACUGCAUGCGUAGCAGUCCUACGUCCCAGUUGCCCCCGAUUACGGAUUUGAAUGCCAGUCACAAUACCUCGAUAUCGCACGGCGGUGGACCACCUGGAGGAGGAACAACGGCCGGUUCCAUCAGUGGAGGUGCAGGCUUGGCCAACAGUUUGGUGAACGAUGUGAACAACUUGAGUUUGAACCAGUCAGCGUUAAACGCGGUGCCAACGAAACCAGCUCCGGAACUACCUCCACGCCGAGAGGAAGGCAGAAUAUCGUCGUCCUCCAAUUUUGAACUCACCGAAGGUGACUUGGAACAAGCGCACGAGGUUGACACCGACCUAACAGCCAUGAUGCGCGAAUAUCCUUGGUUCCACGGCACCCUGGCACGGUCAGAAGCUGCCCAGCUGGUGUUACACAAUGGUUUGUCUAGUCAUGGUGUGUUCUUGGUCCGGCAGAGCGAAACCCGCAAGGGCGAGUUUGUGCUGACCUUCAACUUCCAGGGUAAGGCCAAACAUCUACGGAUGACCCUGAACGAUCUUGGCCAGUGCCGGGUGCAGCAUUUGUGGUUCCCCUCGAUUACCGAGAUGUUGGAGCACUUCCGACAGCAUCCGAUACCCCUGGAGUCUGGCGGUACGGCGGAUGUGACCCUUACCAACUUUGUAGUGCUUCCUUCGCAUGCAAUGGCAACUAACCAGUCGAACAGUAAUACCUACUCGACGACGAACAUCGGGGCCGGUGCCGCUGGUGCGGCCUCGGGAGCAGGAUCCAGUGCCAACCCAAAUACCAGCCCGAGACAUCCCAAAGAGUUGUCUCUCAUUAUAUCACACAAAAUGUGCACACGAUGUUUGCUCAAUGCAAGCAAGGCUUUCGUUUCGGCCUUUUCUAAUAUGGUUCACAUGUUCACCAGAUUCUGUUGUUUUAAGUUUGGAGCCCAUGCAGGUGAUCACCAUGAACGGAAGUGUGCGCAUCAAAACGUGCGAUUUGGAACUCUCGCAGCAGACCAUUCCGGCACACGAAGUGUCCGGCAGUCAGGGAGCAACCGGUGGCCCCGGUGCUGGUCAAAUCGGCCCAGCUGGUGGCGGCGUAGGACAACCAAAUGGAUCGACAGCAGCCAGUGGCGAGGACGGCCAGAGGGCUGUCGAUAAUCAGUACAGCUACGUUUAAAGGUACGCAACAGCCAUUACGAAAUCCGGAAUUGAACCAUAGAAUACUACACUACCAAUGACCUCAGACGUGACUGGGUUUAUAACGCGUUUUUUGUAAGAGGGUCUGUGAGGGUGAAAAAUCCUACAAGAAGAAAUCUCUAGUCAAAACUAUUCACAUUUCCUUGCUAGCUACUGUGGCGGGGUACCGUAAAACGGGGUAACUUUGAUAGUUUUUUGGACUAAUUUUGAUAUUUUCCGCAUUCUAUCUUACAGAUUUUUAUUCUAUAUGUUUAAAACAUGUACCGGUAUCUUAGUUAUCGACUGCGGUUAGAAUAUUGCAUAAUAAUUCAUUUUGAGUGUACCCUAUAAACUAAACUAAACUUGAGGAAUAACUGGUAAACGUUUCUGAUCUUCUUAUUUUUAAACUUUCUAC